CCUAGCUGUCAAAUACACCAAGGUAACUUUCAGUCCGCAUCAAGUCUUCGCACCCAAAAUUCACCUCGCCUACUAGGUACGAAGUAAUCCUUCAUUAAGAUCUACAGGUUGGCCUACGACAAGGUAUCUCAAGAUGGCAUCAGAUACAGUCAAUCAUUCAGACGCGAUUCUUCGCGUCUGUUCAAAUUCUCAACGAGACUUAAGCGUGCAUCUAAUCCGGCCCUUCCCGCGCGAAAUGCAAACAGUCCAAGAAUCUCUCCAAACGGCCUUUGAAACUCUGCCAGUGUCGGGAAUGGGCACCUUGGACCGUCUUCCCCCAGAGCUGAUAUUGAUGAUAAUCCGUAACCUCGAUAUUCAUUCUCACUUUCAACUCCGUCAAGUCAAUCGUCGCGCUCGUAUCCUAUCAACCACCUCGCAAGAAUACAGACUAGUUGCAAAACAUGGGAUAGACGCUUUGCAAAGCCUCCUGAGCACUGGUCUGGCGCAUCACUUCACCAUCGCGGACAUAUACAGUGUCCUCAUCAACCCUAGAUGCAUGUAUUGCGGCUGCCUUGGCGGGUUUCUAUUUCUACUCACUGCCACGCGUUGUUGCUUUUUCUGCAUCCUGAGUUCAUCCAAACUUCGACUCAUUACCACCUCUACUUUGGCCCGACUUUCACAAAUAUCCCAAAGCGAACUAGAACUGAUAUUGAAUCCGAUCCCGGGCCUACGCCCCGUACCUGGUUUCUAUAAGUUGGGCGAAAAACAAAUCAGGCUUCCGAAAAAUUUGUUCACAGAGGAGCAGUCGAUUGCAAGAUUAACGUCACUUGGCGCUGUCCCGAAAGAUUUUGCCUAUAUUCUAGUAGGGCACUAUGAUACCUUGAAUGAUCGUCUCAAGGCGUCUACGGUAUUUCCAUGGUAUGACCCGGAUACUGCGCAGGUCGAAUACGGCGUAGGCUGCAAAGGAUGUCAGGAUCCUUUUAUUGCUCUGUACAUAGCUUUUGGAGGUCCCGGGCGGGAAUUCUUUUCGAGAACGGGCUUCUUAACUCACUUCAAAACUUGUGCGAAAGCUCAAAAGCUGUGGGCUGAGAAGAAGCAAGGAAUGAAGUCUGUUUAA